AUGACAGAUUGCUCUGCUGCCUUUGGGCCAGCAGAGCAGAACCAGUUCCCAGAAGGCAAGCUGCCAAGGAGGAGAAAGGCCAGCAGGAAGGCGGGGACGAGAGGCAAGGCUGCAGCCACCAAGCAGGCCCAACGUGGCUCUUCCAACGUCUUCUCCAUGUUCGAGCAAGCCCAGAUCCAAGAGUUCAAGGAAGCCUUCAGCUGCAUUGACCAGAACCGUGAUGGCAUCAUUUGCAAGUCUGACCUGAGGGAAACCUACUCCCAGCUUGGAAAAGUGAGUGUCCCAGAAGAGGAGCUGGACGCCAUGCUGCAGGAGGGGAAGGGUCCCAUCAACUUCACUGUGUUCCUCACACUCUUUGGGGAGAAGCUCAACGGGACAGACCCGGAAGAGGCCAUCCUGAGUGCCUUCCGCAUGUUUGACCCCAGCAGCCGGGGAGUAGUGAACAAGGAUGAGUUCAAGCAGCUGCUUCUGACCCAGGCAGACAAGUUCUCUCCAGCUGAGGUUGAGCAGAUGUUCGCCCUGACGCCCAUGGAUCUGGAGGGGAACAUCGACUACAAGUCCCUGUGUUACAUCAUCACCCAUGGAGAUGAGAAAGAGGAGUGAGACAAGGAGAAGCCACCGGAACUUACUCUGGCCUUUGUGACUCUCAAUAAACUCUCUUGCCAAAUU